AUGAGCAUCCAGCAACGCUCAACAGCCGAUAUACCAACAUGUGGCCCCGAGCCACAAGCCUGUAUAUGCCCAGCUGGUUCAUUCUUCCAAGCAUCCAGCAGCUAUGCCAUCUAUCCGGUAGCUGCUAAAGAAAUCACUCGAGUCACCGGGCAAUUCCUAAACACCGCAUGGUUUGGAACCAGCCCGGACCAUGUCACCGGCUCAAGCACAACGCCUGGUGCCAAGCGAUUCCUCUACGCUGGUCUUCCCGGUGGAAGUAGCGAAUAUCUCAUCACCGAACAGUUGACCAAGUUCGAGCCUCGCACCACCCGCGGAAGAACCAAUGUUGGGUAUUACAUGAAGUUCCAGAUGGCGGAUGCACCGCUCACUUACAACAAAACGGAUGGCACUCAGGGCCUAUUGGCUGGAAGCUGGGAUAUUGUUGAUGUUAGGGAGAUCAAUGGGCAGACAUUGAUGCUUUGGAGCAUCUACGUUUGCUUUGGCGACGCAUAUGAUAUUCAGGGCUUCCACGAGUCGGCCAUGAAGAAUGUCACCCAGAUAUUGAAGCAAGAACGCAAGAUGCGUGGUGAUAUGAUCGGCCCAAUAUCUUUUUAA